AUGGUAAGAGAAGACUUUGCCAAGUCAAAAGUCAUAUAUGCCUGUCGUUCCUUUCAAAAUGCCAAGCUUAAGGAAGUAAGUCUAAUGGAAAGUGAACCGAUUUAUAUUGAUCAGUUUCGCAAUAUGCACGGAAAACCCAUAACAGCAAUGACUGACCUUUUAGCUCCGAGGACGAUGCAGUAUCAAGAUCCAAGGAGCGGCGAAAUGAAGUUAACUGGUUGUUUGGGCAACUUGUUCAACAACUACGUCCAAAAGGUGAAUGCCACUUUGCAAUUCGAAGUCUAUAGAGGAGACGACUUUAAUGAGAUCAUAAGGAGGGUAAAGGCAGAUGAGCUCGAUAUGGGCAUCCAUUUGGUGGUCUCAAUAUUUUCCAGUGGACUUGAUACAGCCAGCUAUCCAUUCCUGCUCACAUCUUACUGCCUAAUGCUCCAAGUUCCAGCCCAGUUGCCAGUCAAUAUGGUUUAUGCCAUGAUAGUGGAUCGCAUGGUCCUCCUUAUAAUCUUCGUGAUGUUCUGUUUGCUUUCCAUGCUCCUAGUUUAUAGUGAAAAUAUGUCAUGGCGAUCGCUGACUCUUUCUACUAUACUGCUAAAUGAUAUCAGCCUGCGAGGUCUUUUGGGUCAAUCACACCCAUUUCCUUUAAACGCCAGCAGGUCAUUCAGGAUGAUCUUUUGCAUCCUUUGCUUUGCCAGCAUCAUGAUGACCACCAUGUACAAUGCCUACCUACAAUCUUUCUUCACGGACCCCCCAACAAAAGCACCAAUUAAAUCCUUCAAGGACCUCGACAAAUUGCCGCAAAAGAUUGCGAUUUCCGCAUUUGAGGUAGCAGCGUUUACUAAAGGCAACAAUUCACAUUUUAAAGAAGUAAACCAAGAUUAUCUGGAAAUCUUCGACAAUUGGCAAGAGUAUGUUUAUGUACGCGAGAUGCUCAACCUCAGCUACUCUUAUGUGUCCUCAGGAGAUCGUUGGACCAGCAUUGUCGAGCAGCAGAAAAUCUUCAAGAGGCCAGCUUUUUAUUUCGCCACGGACCUUUGCUUUUCACGUCUAAUGUUCUUGUCCAUUCCCCUAAGAAAACAUCUGCCAUAUCGACAUCUCUUCGAAGAGCACAUAUUGCGGCAGCAUGAAUUCGGAUUGGUGAAUCACUGGAUGGGAAACAGUUUCCUGGACAAAGUCAGACUCGGCAUAACGCCCUUCAAGGACCUGAGUCCACCAACAAGGCAGGAGGCAAGCUUAGUUUUGGAGGAUAUUUCCUGGCUUCUCAAUCUGUAUGUUGUCAGUAUGGUGUUAAGCAUUUUUUGUUUCUUAGUUGAGGUUUUCACCAAGAGUGAGAAGUGGAGACGUUGGCGAGGAGUCAGUGAUUCCUCUUAA